GUGACCCCGCUCAAACGCCCCCAUGGUCGCUAAACGUUUGUGAGCUCCUGAGCUUCCUCCGCCAGCUUCGACCGAAACCAUGGCGGAGAUCGUAGGCCUCGUCGUGGGCGGGUUUCCCAUAGCGAUAUGGGCACUCGAGAAAUACGCGGAACCCUGGGAGACAUAUCACCGCUACCACACUACGAUCCAGGCCUUCCGGGCCGACCUGAUCCUGCAGAAGCGACAACUCCAGACCUCGCUCUUAAACAUCGGGCUACACGAUAACCCGACGACUGAGGAGGUACGGGAAUUCUUCGAGGAGAAGUUUCCGGAUAUAUCUCCAGAGUUGAUGUCUAUCAUUCGACGGAUGGACGAAACAACGGCGUCGUUGCUUAAGAGUCUCGAGAUCGACGUGAACGGAAAGCCGGAUGUUCUGCUCGGAAAGGUCCAUUGGGAAUGGCGCAGAGUGAAGAAUAGUCUCAGCACCAAGAAACGUGCCAAAGUGGUUGACGAUCUCAGGCAUUGGAACGACGACCUCAGGAGAUCUCUCGAGAAGCCAGAGGUGCCCGCCCAAGACGACAGCUGCAAGGUCCAAGACCUGAAACGUCGUUUCAACAUCACGCGUAGCAACGCGAUUCGACAGUGCCUGGCCUCGCUCCACAGAGCCCUCGAGCUUGGAUUCCGCUGUUCCUGUCCCACACCGCACGCAGCCGCGAUUGAUCUCGACUGGGCGUCCUAUGAGUCUGAUUCAGGGAUAACUUUCAAAGUAGCCGUGUCGUACGAGACGAGCGCACAGUCUCAAGGGGUCGGCUCCUGGUGCAAACUGGACAUUACCUCCGAGACCGCCACGGAAACGGUCGAGUCUGUUCCUGAGUUGCCGAGUAUACGAUUUCCGGCGCCUGUUAGGGCUCCUGCUUUAUUGGUCCCGUCACUUCCUACCGGUUACCGAUCUCCCUCCCCGAGUUCGUCGUUUCGGUCCAAGGUGGCACAUUUCAAGCACAGCCGGACGUUUUCGCGAACACCUCCACCGCCACCAACUCCGCCGUCCACGACGGCUUCAUUACCAAAUCUAAGAACACUCGACACAGCACCCGCUGUACCGUCUCCACAACGCUCCGGGAUAGCAAGCCUUUGCGCCGCGCUACGCACGGAGACUUGCCCGUGGCCCUUAAAGCGCUUUCUCAAGGACCCGGAUUCAGAACAGGCCCGACAUUACUCCCUCUAUCACCAUCCUGUAGACUCACCGAACAUCAUCAAGGCCGUGCCUGUGAAGUCAUUGCUUUCGUCGCGAGGGCAGCAAACCCAGAAGCGCAGCCCCUACCUGGCCCUCACCGCAAAACAGCGUUUCGGUAUCGCCGCCACUAUCGCGUGGUCCGUUCUCCAUUUGUCCUGCAGUCCAUGGCUCGACGAACGCGAGUGGGACCAAAAGCAAAUGGCCAUCUUCAUUGAGAAUACCCCGAAUGGCCGCAAGACGUUCUCACGCCAUCCAUGUGCCUCUUAUAUUUUUGCUCGACGAACUUACCAGGAGGACGUUCCCCCUGACUUCGACAACCCCGUCAACAGUCUGGUCCCAAACAGAACCAUAUUCGCCCUGGGCGUCCUACUCAUCGAGCUCUGCGUCAGCGAGCCCGUCUCGAAACCGGAUGGAGAUAACGCGGGAGCGACCUCGCUCAUCGAUGACUACCAGUCCGCGUUAAGCAGGCUAGACGAAGUGUACAGACUAGCCGGUGACUCUUACGGAUAUGCGACAGAGCGAUGUGUUAAGUGUUCAUUUGAGGGGAGGGAUAUGUACAAGGACUUUGAAUUUUCGCGAUUCCGACAGCAGUUCUAUGAUGUGGUGGUUGCGCCAGUCCAGGCGACGUACCUCACGUUCCCGGAGUCAUCUCAUUGUGUGUAAGCUCCAAAAUGUAGAGAGCACGUGUAACCAGAAUCCGGGUACCUGAGGAAAGGUAACAGCUUCAAUUAUCGGCGGGUCAACUAAUCAAAGGG